AAUGUGAAUAAAAGGUUGUGAUCGCAUAAUUAAAAUUGAAACAUUUGAGUUUUAUAAUUAUUUUAUAAUGAAAUUUUACUGGUUUAUUCAGUACUUGCUGAUGCAGUGUAUUCUAGCUCUAACUGUAAACUCAGACAGUUACUAUACAGUAAAUGCUCCCGGUGUUAUAAUAUCAAAUCGUAAAUAUUCGAUUGUUAUUGCACUACACGAGGCUAGUGGUCCGUGUACUAUACGCGUUGGUGUUGAGGGACCGAAUUUCAAUGAAUUUGAAAAUGUAAAUUUACAGCCAUAUGAAUCAAAACUUAUAGAGAUUUUGCCGAAAAAAUUAAUCCAUGGGAAUUAUAGUUUAAAAGCCGAAGGUUUAUCGGGUUUGAGUUUCAAAAAUGUAAGUCAAUUGUAUGCAAAUGUAUAUUAUGGUCCAAAAAUGUACAUACAAACCGAUAAAGCCGUCUAUAAACCUCAGGAUAUGGUUAAAUUUCGUGUUGUGGUAUUGGAUGAACAUACAAGACCGUUAAAUAUAGAGGACCCUGUACAUGUAGAGAUAUUGGAUAUGGAAAAUAACCGUGUUAAACAAUAUAAAGAUAUAUCCUUGACAAAUGGCGUUUUUACCGGACAAUUUCAAUUAUCCAAAUAUCCCGUAUUGGGAAUGUGGAAAAUUAAGGUUAUUCUUGGAGGAAGAUAUGAUUACUCGCACUCAAAAGAGAUCAAAAUAAAUAAUUACGUUUUACCAAAAUUCAGCGUUUACCUCAAAACUUCUUCAAGUGUUCUCUUAGAAGAUGGAUAUAUUAAGGUUGUUAUUUAUGGCAAAUAUACAUAUGAUAAACAUGUGGAAGGUACUGCCAGAGUUGAAUUGUGGUCUGAAUUUCCUCAAGUGCUCUUGCAAACCAAACAAGUUGAUAUAGAAAAUUUAGGUUUUGUUGAGUUCAAUAUUAAGAAUGAAACAGCUAGCGGAAUAACUGUAAAGGCGAAUCUAACGGAAAAACAUACGGGUAUAACUGAAACGGAAGAGCAAAAUAUCCGUAUACAAAAACAAAGAUAUAAUUUAGAUAUUCCAUAUAAUGAAAUUGAAUUUGAAAAUAAUAAACCAUAUCGGCUAAAUGUUUAUGUAAAACAUUGGACUGGUGCCCCCGUUUUGGAUCACAAAACACCUGUCACCAUGGAACAUGGCAGUAAAGUGUAUGAGGCAUUUUUGAAUGAAAAUGGUGUAGCAACAUUUGAGUUUGAACAUGAAAAAGAUGCCGAUCAUUUGUUCCAUUUUAAAGAUUCCAAAGAAAAGCUGUUUAAUAUUUACACAAGUCCAAAUUUAAUGUUGAACAAUCGGGAAUACUAUUGUCGCCUUAAGUUAGUGGAUAAAAAAAUUGAACUCGGUAAACCUGUGCUAAUUGAAGUAAGUUCUAUUGUCGAUAUACCCUAUCUGAUGUACACAAUAAUGGGUCAUGCCAGUCUUAUACAUACAGAGCACAUAAAAGUACCGCCCAAUCAAAAGUCUUAUAUCAUAAGCAUAACACCUUCUAUUGAAAUGAUUCCCACGUCCUUCAUCUAUGUUUACUAUGUGCAUAAAGGUAAUUUACGUUAUGAAGAAAUGUCCCUAAAUUUUCCAAAAGAAUUUGAAAAUCAGAUAUCGCUAUCAGCCCCCACACAAGUAAAACCAGGUGAAGAUGUUACAAUUACUAUUAAUGCUCAACCUAAAUCCUAUGUGAGUUUAUUGGCCGUGGACUUGGGUGUAUAUUUGCUGGAUAAUUCAUAUGAUUUAAAUAGGAAUGACAUUCUAAGUGAACUUAUCAGUGAAAGAUCAUUUUCUGUAGUCGAUUUUUCACAAUAUCCUGGCAUAAUAUCCGGUUUGUUGACCUUAACGAAUGCUCAUUAUCCAGUUCAAUCUUAUGGUGGUGGUGGUGGUUCUGGUCAUUAUAAUCCGACUUCUCUAAAGUUUCGCCAGAAGUUUCCAGAAACAUGGAUAUUUGAUAAUUUUAUGAUCAAUGAAACUACCACUAAACUAACGCUACCUAUACCCGAUACCAUAACUACUUGGCGCAUAACGGCAUUUUCAAAUAAUAACAUAACAGGAUUUGGUAUAGUCAAUGAACCCACGGAUAUCACAACCCUACAAUCUUUCUUUAUAUCAAUAAAUCUACCAUAUUCAGUAAAACGUGGAGAAAUUGUGAACAUACCCAUAACAAUAUUCAAUUAUCUCAAUCAAAACUUAGAUACAGAAGUUGUGUUUUAUAAUAACGAUCAGGAAUUCUAUUUUAUGGAAUCGAAUAUAGAACGUACGAAAAAGUCCGUUGAUGAACAACAAGAACAAGUUAAAUUAGUUACUGUACCGGCAAAUAAAGCCAAAACAAUGAACUUCUUUAUAGAUCCUAUACAAGUGGGUGAAGUGAGUUUAAGAAUAGCAGCCACAAGUUCUUCAUAUUCAGAUGCUGUCAUUCAGAAACUUAAAGUUGAACCAGAAGGUGUGCCUAAACAAAAAAGUCAGUCUUUAUAUUUAAGUGUUCCGGAGGGAGAGAAAAUUUCCUCAUCAUUUAGCAUUGAAGAGCCAGAAGAUAGUGUGCCUGAUUCAAAUUAUAUUACGUUUUCUGUGGGUGGUCACUAUUUAGUGCCAACAGUGGAGAAUUUCGACAAUCUUAUAGAAAUGCCAACUGGUUGUGGUGAACAAAACAUGGUAAAUUUUGCUCCCAAAGUUUUAAUAUUGCAAUAUCUGCAGGCUAAUGGCAAGUUUUCCGAAGACAGUGAUUUGGUUAAAAGUUUACUUUCAUCCAUUGAGGUGAGCUACCAACAACAGCUAUCAUUUCGUCAUGCAAAUGGUGGCUUUAGCGUUUUCGGCAUGGGUACUGAUGAUGAGCCCAGCACUUGGCUUACCGCCUAUGUGGUGCGUUAUUUUAUGAAAGCUUCUGAAUUCUUAUCAAUUGAAGAUAGAUUGAUAGAAUCUGCUUUGGAGUAUUUAUCCAGCCAGCAAAAUUCAAAUGGAGAGUUUCCUUAUACGGGUUAUCUGCUUAGUCCUCACCAUAAAAAUGAAUAUGGACUUACAGCCUUUAUACUCCUGGCAUUUUUGGAAAACGGAACCUAUUCCACGAAAUAUCAAAAUACCAUACAGAAUGGUUUAGAAUUUUUAAAUUCAAAUUUAAAUAACAUCAACGAUAUAUAUGCAUUAUCGCUAACAGCUGCGGUUAUGAAACGUGCUAAACAUCCUAGUGCUAAUAAUCUUAUAAAGCUAUUGAAUUCACAUAGUAAAGAGGAAAAUGGUCUUAAGUGGUGGUCAGGAGAUGAUCAUAACUUGGCCGAUGAUAUUGAAAUUACUGCAUAUGCCGCUAUAACUUUACUGGAUACUCCGGGAGAUCACACUUCUAUACUUAAGUGGUUGAUAGAACAACGAAAUGCCAAUGGUGGUUUUACAUCAUCCUAUGACACUGCGGCUGGCAUGGAGGCUUUAGUGAAAUUUUCGCAAAUAUAUAGAAAUCCUGAAAAUGUUAAUCUAAAGAUUUCGUAUAGUGCCACAAAUCUGGAGGACAUUGUAGUGGCAAAUGAUGAACUCUUCAUGGACUCGAAUAAUAUUUUGGAUUUGCAAACACAAGAGUUACCGCAAACAACACGUCGUAUAAAUUUCGAGAUCGAGGGUUAUGGUGCUGCUUUGGUACAACUCAAUCACCAAUAUAACAUUGUUAAUGACAGAGAAUUUCGACAUUUUAUUAUACGGCCUAACGCUAAAGUUAAAAAUAAUAAUGACAUUAAUUUAGAAGUAUGUUUCGUUUACCAAGGAUUUUACGACAUUAACAAUGAAGUUACCAAUAUGGUGAUAAUGGAAAUAAAUUUACCCUCUGGUUUUGCAUUUGAAGCUGAAAAUAGUAUGUCUUUAAGACAAAAUAAAAUUGUACAGAAGAUCGAGACGAAAAAUUCAGAAUCAACGCUGAUUUUAUAUUUGCAAAAAUUAGAGGAAAAUACUAAUUAUUGUCUAGAGGUUCCAGCAGAGAAAAGAAAUGAAAUUAUAAUGCCGAAACCGGCUGCCAUUAUAAUGUAUGACUAUUACAAUUUGACGCGUUCGAAUACGGAAUUUUAUACUAUAUAAAUAAAAUGUUUAAUAUUCUAAAUCAAAAAUCUUUAUAGAGUGGUAGAAUGAAAAA